UGAAGUUCGAAGAAGAUCAAGAGUGUCAAAAAGUGAAGAAGAAAAAUACUCUGGUGAUUCUGAAAGAGAGACUAGGACAAGGCCAUCCCCAUAUGUGACUGCAUACAUGUCUAGGGCUCACCGAAGUGUGUCUGUUUUAAGCCUGGUUGCUGUGCUGUGUCUACGCACAGUCUGGAGCGCGAAUGUGAGUGAUCGAACUGUGUGUACAUGUGUGUAUAUUUAUCAGCUGUGCGCAGCAGCGGCAGUGUUGGAGGUUCAGAGCAAGUCUACAUGGCCGGUCCCUUCUCAUAUCACAGGAUGAUGUAUUGAACCGCUUUUCUAAGGUCACUCUCAGUUUGGCUAGCUUUGCAGUCUGUCUGCUACAAAUUAUAGGUAGCUCAAACAAAACCUAGCUGUUAAAUAGAAAAGCUCCAUCAGCCUUGCCAUUGCCUGCUAAAAUUUGUUGCUCCUUGUCACCUCAGCUCAUCGCCUGCUGCAUACAGUCGAGGCUCAGCUCAAGCAGAUAUAUACCGUGAAGAUUCUUUAGCAUAAUGCCCCAAUAUAUUCGCUGGGGGCAUGCAACCAGGUUCCUGGAUAUGUAGCUAGAAUCAUACGAUUCAGUUCCGAUCUGUGCAUUGUGUUUGUUGUAGGUGUUCAAUCAUCUAUAUAGCCAUCUACCCUCUGUCUAAACCAACCCACUUCCUCAUCACAUGUGAUCUCAUUGAUGGUGAUAGAACCACAUCUGGAAGAUUCUCAAAUCAUCAUCUGACAACUUGUUAUUGUACCGAAUCCGGAAAGAGAGAAGUAUUAUCUCGCAGCCUUCAAAAAUAAUCGUGAUAGAUGCACUGAAGCUGUAGCGAGAACGUUAACUUCAUCCUCCAUUUCUGUAGAAAUGACAUGUUUUGAUAACUUGCAAUUGUGAUAACCAUGGCAUUAUAAGCUUCAAAUAUUUAGGAAUAGUGAUAAUUGUGUGUCGUCCAGGAAUAAUUGCGGCAUCUUUGAGACUAAAAGAAUUUCGUCUGAUUUGAACAAACUGUUGCUUAAUUAGAAACAUGAGGGUUAUUUUAGGGCUCCCGAAUGCAGCAAAGUUAUCCGAAAAGGAUAGCUGCAACGCCACGCAAGGUCAGGAGAUGGAGAUAAGGGAGAUGCCUUUGAGCAGGAAGGCAAAGCAAAAAUGUGGGGGAUGUGUUUCACCAUCUCGGCGGCAGUCUAGAGAUUCUGAAGAAAGAACUGAUGAUGAUUGCAGCGUGCAGAGCUUGAUGUGUGCUGAGGUUAAAGGAUGCCAUUGUGAACAAAGUACUUGCUCUGAAUCUAGUGAGGUUGUACAGGAGAGGAUCCAUCAUCACAGCAGUAUUUCUAGUCUAGCAGAAGAGGGAGACUGUCUAUUAAUCAGUGACCCAGAUGAUGUGGACAACCUUACUGAUGUACAGGGGCCGGUCACUUCACCAAUGGACUCCAUAAGGGACAGCAGUUGUCAAACUGGAAUAAACAGUGGAACUCCUCAUUUAUCAGAACAACACUGUGUAGACACCACAGAUCCAUCACAAGGCUGCUCCAGGAAGUGCUUUGAGGAUCACCCAGAGGCACUUCCAUCAUCAAAUCCUCAGUGUCAAAGUGCAAGAAUGUCCAGCCCUGUCUUGCCUUCCCUAUCCCCCGACCAUCUGGACAUGUCCCUCCCAAGCAGCAGGCCUGUUUCCCAACCAGCUGCAACCACCUUCCAACCUAUAACCAGCAACCAUUCCAUAUGCAGUAUGAGUGAACACGCCCCCCUCUUCUUCAAAGAUGAACAAACUGUGAACAAGUGUAUUGGGGGGACAUCCCCGUCCAGCUGCGAACCUGAGGAGUGCUUUGUGAUUUUGAAUGAGAACGAUUUAGAAGAGUUCCGUCAAUCGAGGUGUUCAAGAACAGAAUCUUGUCUUCAGCAGUGUGGAGCCCCAGGACCAAAGGGAAUGUCAGUUAUCAGUAUGACCAGUUUUGGCUCGCUAAGCAGUGGUGAUGGGCCGAUGUGCAGGAUCUGCCAUGAGGGCCCUCUAUCAGACGAGGACAUGCUUGCACCGUGCCAUUGCUCCGGAACGCUCACCUACCAGCAUCGCAAAUGCUUGGAACAGUGGCUCCAGACCAGAGGAAAAGAUGCCUGUGAACUUUGUGACUACCACUUCACAACGGAGCGCAAAGGCAGACCAUUCUCUGAGUGGAUCCAGCAACCGGAACGCAUCCGUGACAGACGCAACAUCCUGGUAGACUGUAGCUGCUUCACGCUCCUCACCCCCCUCGUAUGCGUCUCCACCUGGCUCUGUCUCAAUGGCGCCUAUCAUUACCUUAACUUCUACGAGGAGCGUGGCUGGGAAGGGGUCGGUCUGGUUACCUUGGCGAGCAUUCUCAUCUUCAUAUAUCUCUUCUGGAGCCUGAUGUCACUACGCUACCACUGCAUCGUCUGGAGGACAUGGCGAAAAGAGCAUCAACGCGUCCACGUCGUCAUGGAAACCAAGGACUCUGAGAACAACAACAACAACUAUGACAUGAUCAGCGUGGUAUCCUCCAAGAACUCCAAUCUCCUAGGCGCCCCCUCCCAGAAGAGUCUAAGCAGCAGCUGUGCCCCUUCUCCCAAGAGUCUGAAUAGCUUUGCCCCUUCAUGGGCCAGUCCUAAUAGUUACAGUAUUCCCCUCCAAGCUCCACUCGCAAGUAUGACCAGUCUCUGAUGGUUUUUUUCCUAUUUCUAAAAGCUGAGUACUUUCCAUCAUCACUCUAUUUAUUUAUUCAUAUUUUGUUUGUGAGGAGAGGAGGGGGGGGGGGAGUCUACUUUUUACCAUGUAUUGAACAAAUCAGACUGGUACAUCUAGGAUAGUUAGGUUUGCUUUGAGAUGCUAGCUGUAUAUUGGCAUAGGCCUUUAACCUCGCUUUAGAGUGUAUAAAAGCAGAAAUUUGAAACAGCUCUGCCUUCAACGUUUAUGCUUGUACAUAGCAUCUUUGUUGGCUGCAAAGUUGCAAGCACAUGAAAUUCAAAUAUCUAAACUCACUAGAUUGAAUGCAGAGAUAAAAUGAAAUGGCUAUUAGAAAUGCUCCAAGAAGUUGUGUUUAGAUGAGUCUUCUAUGCUAUAACACUUACCAGGGGACCUAAAGCUUUACGUGUCAUCCAGAGGAUUUUGUGUCUUGAUGUAGUUUCAUUCAGUAUUUUUUCUCAAUCAGUAUAAGACAAUCUUGAUAUUAUAUUAAGAAGGAGCAUUUAUUCUCUUUUGAUUUAUUGUGAUCUGAUCAUAUUUAUUUGAACCUUAGCCAUGUCUCAAUCAAUGUAUAAAGCCAUUGGCAUUUUGGAGAAUUAAAUACAAGAUGCUUCAACAAAUUAAAGUUGUUUAUAGAUUUUGAAAUGUUAUAUUGAACAUGAACUUAUGCAUCAGUUGUUUCAUCACAGCAAGUAUUUACUUGUGAGUAUAUACUGAAGGUCUCACACAGCAUCUUAUUUUUAGUGGUUCUGUUUGAAAAUCAAUAAAAUGUAGUCUACUCUAUUCACAAACAACUGGUUUAUAUUAUUGAUUGGCGAACAUGUGUUGUAUAUUACGUACGCACGCACGCCUGUAGGCUUCAAAUAUGCAAUGAGAUCGAGCUAGAUAUCUUGCUGUCUUUGAAAACAAACAAAAAAAUGUGCCUUUUUUGGAAAGCGGUGGUGAGAAAAAUGUGUUGUCUGUCUAUGCCUUGCAGAAAUGUGUGAGCUGUCUUGUACAUGUACAUUAUUAUCCCAGGGGGGUG